AUGCAAAAUGAGUCUGGAUUCUGGUUUCUCAUAGGUGACCUUCUUGGAGACAGUCGCUCUAUCCCCAGACCCGGUCCUUUUUUUAGGAGAAUGUCCUCGAGAUUGGUGUUAUAUGGUGGUGGCAUCGGUCUUGAAGGAACGACUUCGGUGAUUGUGGAGGCUAUCUGUGGUGGGGGUGUAUCCGCGGAGCAUAGGGAGGAGGAGAUUGAUCCUGAGGACAUUCCUCAUGCUGAUAGGAUCCUCCGCUAUGAGAACUCGGACGGGGAAGAGGUGGUGAAGACCAUUCCUUGGGCUUCUCCUCCGCACCGGAAAUCAUAUGAUGCUAUACCUGAGCAUUACGCCCCUGCGCCUCGGGUGAGAGUGCGUCGUUGGAUGCUCUUGCUUGAUUAUUGGAAGAGGCAGUGCGCCAAGAUAACCCGGAAGCUUUCUAGCCGGAACAGAGAGGAGCGCCGUCGAGACCGUAGAGACUCUGUUGACAGGGAGCCUCAGGCGGAGACGUCCUUGGGACAGGAGGGACCGAGCUUGGAGCUGGGACAGGGGUCCGGUGCUGGUGCUCAUCAGAGGCAUUCUGAUGCUGAGCGGGGAGCUUCCCCUUUUGUACAUGUUGAUCCCACCAUGCAUUUAUUUGGAGGUGCUAGCGGUUCACGGCCCUUUGUUCCUCCUUCCGGUUACUACUUCGGAGGAAGUAGUCCUCAGCCUUGGGGUGCAGGUUCAUGGGCUUGUUAUGCGGAGAUGGAGAGGAUGCGUCAGGCUCAGAUGUUUGGGUCGUACCCGUAUAUGCCGAUGCUGCCGCCUUAUCAGUAUUCCUCUUCUCAGCAGGGAGUUCAACCCUCCACUGGCACACUUUGUAUCUCGGAGGAGGAUCCUAGUACCCCUGGGACGGAGCUGGAUCGGGAGCUGAAGCGCCUUAGGAGGCGUAACAGGGACAAGGGGCCUGUGGUUGACGUCACCGCUGAUGAUGACUUAGACUGACCCUGCAUGGUAGCGAGUUCCAGCUUGCCUGGGUUGAUUUUGUCUAGGCUGAAUUGUAUUGUAUUUGUAUGGAUUGGAACUUAAAUUUUUGUAUGGUUUUUAUGGCUUUGAACUUGAAUUGGUUUGUAAAAUUUGAAGAUUGGUUUUUGUAUGUUCGAAUGCUUGAAAUUGUAUGCGUUGUGUGUGCCUUGAAUUUUUGUAGCUAUAUGCAUGCAUGAUAAAUUUGCAAAAAAUUUGAAAAAAAUUUGCCCAUUUUUUUCGGGUGUAUAUACCCACUAUAAGCCCCCACUUUGACUGAGGUUUAUUGGUCAGGAAAAGCGCAAGUCAAAGUAUAUUCAACUUUUGCUAUGCUCAUGCAGACUCGACUUAGGACGCCGAUCUAGGACUAGAAUGCUUGUAUUUUGAAAAAAAAAAAUUCAUCCGAAAUCUGCCCGAAGCGUUGAUCCGGACUUCUUGAAAUUGCGCCGCUUGCGGCUUUGGAA